CACUGAAAUCCAAAGCUGUUUCAAGAAAGGAUGGUCGUUAUGUUCAUUCACAGUUUUCAAUGUAGAUGACAUUCACAUUCAACAAAACAACUUCGAUUGUGGCAUUUUCAUGCUCAGAUACAUAAUAAACUAUGAUAAUCCAUUGAAAGAUGAGUUAGAUUCCGUAAAUCGUCGUGUGCAACUUGCCCUUUGGAUGUUGAAGCACCCAAAGAACCAAGCAUGGGUGAAAAUUAAUGAGGCUUUAGAUAAUGAAAACAAAAAUGAUGGUGCCAAGAACAAGAUCAAGACAAUAGAAGCAAUUGAUGAAGCUACUGGAAAUAGUGUUGAUCAACAUCAUGGCAAGAGCUGUUCAAAAGUCGUGCAGAGAAAAACCUCAACACUACAAGCAAGGGGUCGUGGUCGCCCUCGUGGUGCAAAGAAUAAAAACUCUCGAAAAUAAAUCAAAACAUGAACAAUUUGUUUUAACAGAAUCUUUAUGAGAUUGUCAAAUGUUUGUUUCUUUUCACAAUCAACUUUAGGAUAAAACCCAAAUCGGAACAUUCUACCUAAAUCAUGAGUGCAAAUCUCUAAGUU